AUGGAUAUGAACGUCGUGAAAGUGACGCACGACUCCAUGGAUGAGUUCCUCACGUGGCUUGAUGCCUUAACAACAAGCGCAAACUCCCAGUUUUGCCUGCAGAAGGGAGCUGCAACUGAAGGUGCUUCGAAGGUCUAUUCAUAUGUGUGUAACCGCUCCGGAAUGUGCAACAGCAAAUUGGCGCUACAAGACAGAUGUCGACAAAUGAGGUCCCAAGGCUCCUGCAAAAUUGGUAAUAUGUGUACGGCAUACAUAACCGCGAGGUUAUCUUUGACAACAGGCAAAGUUGUGGUGAGCGGAUGCCUCAGCCACUACUACCACACAACCGAUGUUCAACAUCUCCGGAUGCAACAAUCUGAUAGAGCAGCCAUAAUUGAAGACUACGUUCGUGGCGUGCCGAAUGACAGGAUAGUUCGGAAUGUGCGAGGCACCAUGCCUGCACGUGUGGAAGACCUCAAGCGCUCCCACCUGACAAAGACUGCCGAUGUGCGAAAUAUUGCUGACGCUGAAUGUCUCAUGGAUUGGAAGCUUGACAAAGAUGACGGAACAAGCGUGAAAAAAAUGGUUGAACUUUUCCGUGGAAGUCCACAGAACUGCGUAUUAAUGUACAAGCCUACAGGUGUCCCUCACAAUGUCUCUGACCAGCCUUUGCCCACAAAGGACUUCAUGAUUGUUUUACAGACGGAAUUUCAGAAGGAAAUGCUCAAGUUAUUCGGAGCGAAAGUCGUGUGCCUCGAUGCGACACACGGUACCAACGGUUACAAAUUUUAUCUAAUUACUUUGUUGGUGCUUGAUGCAGCGGGCGAAGGCGUUCCUGUUGCGUGGUGCCUUAGUAGCACUGAAAAUAAGACCGCUCUGUAUCACUUCCUCAAAGCAGUUAAAGAAAGCGUCGGUGAAGUUACUCCUAAUUUUUUCAUGACUGACGAUGCGAAGCAAUAUUAUCAUGCAUGGUGCGAAGCGUUCCAGAGCAGACCAAGGAAGUUACUAUGUAAAUGGCACGUCCGCAGAGCAUGGUCAAAUAAACUCAACAGCACCGUGAAGGACGAGCGAAAGAGGAAGGAAAUUGAGAGCACCAUCGACGUCCUCCUUCAACAGAAGACAGAAGAUGCCUUCCGUGAGAAAAUGACGAGCUUUACAGAGGUGCUACAGAUAGAUGAGUCCACUCAUGUGUUCCUGCAAUACUUCGAAGCGUAUUACAUGAAUCGUGUCGAAGAAUGGGCGACUUGUUUCAGGACGGAGUGCGAUAUUUCAACAAACAUGAAGCUGGAAUCAUUUCACAAGGUUCUGAAAUACUUGUUUCUCGACAAAAAAGCCAACAAACGUACGGAUAAGCUAAUUCACACCUUGUUGGCCUACUCCAAUUGGAAACAGUUCGACGUCCUCAUCGGUUCAAGCAAAGGUAAGACGACUAAGACGAUGACCGCCAUCUACCAUGCGCAUAUGAGGGGCAAAGAGAUACCAGUUCACGAUAUAACCACGCUCGACAAUGGCAAGUGGAAGGUUUGCGGCACCAAAGAGUACGAAGUACUCGCCAGGAACACCUGCCAUGCGCCUUGCCAGCUCCGAUGCCGCGAGUGCAAUAUUUGUGUUCAUGCCUAUAUUUGUUCGUGCCCUUGUACACUUAUGUGCAAGCACAUUCAUGCAGUGCACCUACAUUUUGGUAGUAGUCACCCCCCUUCCCUUCCAGUGUCAUCUACUGCAUUAUUUGUUGCUGCAAGUAACUACCCAUCUCCAGUUCCUCGUUCAAGUUCCCCCGAAGCAAGUGACAGCCCCGUCCAAGAAACUGAUGAGCAUCCCCCAUCUCUUCUACGGCCACGACUAGCCAAGGCAUUCAAGUCUUUGGGUGAUAUUUCACAUGGUGUAGCACGACUUCUGUCUUCAACCUCUACUCCGUUGCCUAACUCAGCCGAAAACACGCUUGCAACAGCAAAUGAGGCAAUCAAGGCAGCAUUAGCUCUCAAACGUGUUUUGACCCCUGCAUACAUGCCAAUGCAUCCAGAUCACGAUUAUACACCAGCAAACAAAAGAAUUGCCCCGCAACGCAAAGCCAGAAAAAAGCAGAAAGCUUUCACAACGCUCGACCAGAAGGAAGGCAACCGACCUUGA